GGGAAGAAGAGUUAGCCCAGGGCACAGACCUGCUGCUGCUGCGACUGACACUAAAACUCGUGGUCAGGGCUGGGUGUGUGCAGCUGCAGCUGCAGCAGCACACAGCGGGGGACCACCACCAUGAUGACAACUAAGAGGCUGGACAAUUUUGAGGUGGCGUGUGAGUGGGCUUCGUGCAGCUUCAAGGGCCGCACCAUGGAGGAGCUGAGCGACCAUAUGUCGCUGCAUUUAAAGGACUACCUGGGAGACAAAGAUGCCCUGGAGGAGCUGGAUGAGUAUGCUUGUCUCUGGAACGGCUGUGAAUUCCUGUCCAUGGGUAGUCCCGCGGAGCUGGAGGUCCAUGCUUACUUCCACAACUACCACGGUAAGCUCAAGUUUGUCGGCUCGCAGUUGCUCAAGUCCCGUCCUGACCUGCCCAGCUGCAACCAAGGCGUGCACAGCAACAACCUGGUUCCCGAAGGAUCAGAUGGAUAUGUUUGCCAGUGGGAGCACUGUGAUAGUACUUUUAACAAUCCCGAGUGGUUCUACCGACAUGUGGACAAUCACGUUGAAAGUGCUGAGUCACAGUCACUCUCACAACAGCAGCAGGCUCUCUUCUGCCACUGGACAGGCUGCGAUGCUUUCUUCAAGAUCAGGUAUCGUUUGAGAGAACACAUGCGGAGCCACACUCAGGAGAGACUUGUGGCCUGUCCUACGUGUGGCAGCAUGUUCUCCAGCAACACCAAGUUGUUUGACCACCUCCACAGGCAGGCGGAGCCAGUGGAGUCGCUGGUAUGUGAACAUUGUGGCAAAGCUUUUUCCAGCGAGAGACUUUUGAGGGAUCAUGUUCGCCAGCAUGUGAACCAGGUGAAGUGUCCCUUUUGUGACAUGACCUGCACGACUUUGGCAGCUCUGAAGAUCCACAUUCGGUUCCGCCACUGUGAUGAGCGGCCGUUCCCGUGUGACUUCUGCGACAAAAGAUUUAAGAAUCAACGCGAUCUACAAAAGCACACAGAUGUUCACAAUGAGGGCACUGUGUAUCACUGCACUGUGGAGGGCUGUGAUUACUCUUGUCACACAUUCCAAACCAUGAGCCACCACUUCAAGAGAGUACACGAGGUUGGGGGGAUGUCCAAAUAUAAAUGCCAUAUUUGUGAUAAGGUCUUCUCCUGGUGUUACACUCUCACGCUUCACCUUCGCAAAAAGCACGAGCUGAAAUGGCCCUCUGGACAUUCACGCUUUAGAUACAGAAAGGAUGUGGACGGCUUCCUAAAAGUAAACAUGGUGCGAUUUGAGACAGUUGAAGUGACCAAGGAAAUCAUGAAGAACAUGGCCAAAAAGCCGCAGGGCCUUCGGAAGAGUCCUCGGACCAGCAGCCGGAACAAGAGGGCUGCGGUCACGCCAGAGAGCGGCCGGAGCUCGCCUGCAGGAUCCUCCUCGCCCUCCUCCACCUCCUCCUCCUCUUACUCCUCAGAGUUCUCUGGAGCUGAGGAUGUCUCGUCUCAGCCCAGCCCCAGAGGCAGUGACUCUCCUGUCUACUGUGUGAUGAGCACCAUCCCUCACAUUGAGGACGAGCCUGGAGGAUUGUCUCAGGAGGACUGCGAUGGCAGUGGGACCUCCGGAGCCGUUCAGGCCCUGACGGAGGUCGCGAGGGGCCUCGGCAUGGACGUGGUUUGAUUGUCCACUUUGCACUGGGUGAAAUCACAAAUGUCCAGCGUAGGGUCUCAUGUAGCUGUUGUGCAAUUAAAUGAUUUUGUCUGUUUUAGUGUAUUUGGCUGCAGAACUUUCAGUGGAGACCUCACUGGAACUGCUUCCUCAUGGUGUUUGUAGUGAUGCCACAUUGAGACAGUUCUCUCUACACUGGUUUUAAGGGGACCACACAUUCACUAUAGCAGCUCUUAUUAACUCCAAUGCCUCCGCUUAGCUUUGUGACUUCUUGCGUUUCUGAGAUUGCCUGUGAAACAUGCAGUAGAUUGACAGAGCUUACAUACAGUGAGUUAACAGCACUACAAAGCUAGAUCUGUGAAAUGUCCUUCUUUACACACCAUGUUCCAUUUUCUUUGAUGUCUCCAUGAUGCUUCCCAGCAGAGGAUUUCAGAGGACGUUAUUUUUUAUUGUAUCCUUGGAAUGUUGCUUAAUUUUAUUGUUAUAAAUUUUAAAUACAUUUUUUAUA